AUGGGCCACCGCCACCCGACCUCCGCUCGCCGGCCACCCCCCACCCUAGCCCCCCCCCCCCCCCUGUACACCCUUCACGGUUGGCGCGAAUAUGUAUACCCACGGGUGUUCAUUAACUUGCAUGUUAAGCCGAUGAUCGCAGAUAGCGUUAGGUGGACCUCGAUUGAGAAAGGACCCGGCUACGCAGUCAGCGGGGGCAAUUAUCCGCAUCUCGGACACAACAGCGCAGACGUCCUCGACUCACAAUGGCUCCACUCGAGGUCUCCGUGUAACGAAUCCACUACUGCUACUAUCAACCGGUCCCUUUCGCGAAUCUGGAGCGAGAUUGUUUACGCGACACCCCCACCAGUUAAUGAUGUAUGGGAGAGGCGGCGCGCUACAAACGAAAAGGAACAAGUUAAUGGAAUUACGCCGUCACGGCUCAUCGGUUCAACGGAGCGACCUUGGUGCGAAUACGCCGCGUCACGCGAAAUUUUCACAGCAACAAAUGGACACUGGUACGCUGGGGCCGCGUGGACGAACGUGGUGCGCGUGGAGUCUUUCUCGCCUAUUUGUAUUAGUAAAUUGAAGGUGCAGUGUCCACUGUACGAAGGCCCCCGCACCCCGGCCGCCGCCCUCAGACGCCGGCCGUCACCCGAGAAGAACGAGUCUCAAGUGUUCGAUGUACGUUUUACA